GAGAGAGACCCCCCCCACGCUUUCGCUUCCGGGUGACGCGACCGCGGCGGUGCCCCGCUUGGGUUUUGCUUCCGGCGCCGUCCCGAGUCGGGGGCCGGCGGCGGCGGCGGGGAGGGGCCGCCCCUGCGCAGCGGCUACCUGAGGACGGCGGUGAGGGACGAAGGGGGCGGCGGCCAGGCCAGGCCAGGCCAGGCCAGGCGGCGGCGCGAGGGGGUCGGAGGCCGCGCCGAGCCAUGGAGCCGCGGCUGUGAGGAGCCCCCGGCCCGGGCCCCGCCUGUGGGAAACCGGGCCGUGGUCGGAGCCGGAGGACAUGGACAAAUUGACCAUCAUCUCAGGAUGCCUCUUUCUGGCCGCCGAUAUCUUCGCCAUCGCCAGCCUGGCCAACCCGGACUGGAUCAACACCGGCGAGUCCGCGGGUGCUCUCACAGUUGGCCUUGUGCGACAGUGUCAAACCAUCCAUGGACGUGACAGGACCUGCAUUCCUCCACGGCUGCCUCCGGAGUGGAUCACGACUUUAUUUUUUAUCAUCAUGGGAAUCAUUUCACUGACUGUCACCUGUGGCUUGCUGGUGGCUUCUCACUGGCGACGGGAAGCGACGAAAUAUGCACGCUGGAUAGCCUUCACUGGAAUGAUCCUUUUCUGUAUGGCAGCCUUAAUAUUUCCCAUAGGAUUUUACAUCAACGAAGUAGGAGGCCAACCGUAUAAACUUCCGAACAACACCGUGGUGGGCUCGUCUUACGUACUGUUCGUUUUAUCUAUUUUCUUUACGAUAGUGGGACUUCUGUUUGCUGGCAAAGUGUGCUUACCCGGCUGACGACCGCUUCCGUACUUUAUUUUUUUGGGGGGGGGGAGCGGGUGUACGGUCACGAAGGAGAAUAGGACGUCGUCUGGCGCUUCCGCGGGAAGAUGCUAAGGUCAGGCCGCCGUCGCAGUCUUACCGGAAACGAGGAGGUUUCUUCUGUUCUCACUAUGCACUUUGGAUUUUUUUUAAAGAAGAAGAACUUUUAUUAUUAUUAUUAUAAUAAUUAUUCCUUUUUACGGAGAGUCUUUCCCCCCAUCACCGAAACCAAAACAACCGCAACUCAUCUCGUCAGCAUCUGGACGUCGUCAGGUGUGCACUGUGAUCGGACCUCGUGUGGAAGAAAAGCUCUUUUUUUUUUUCCUGCACUCUACAGCGUUAUUUCCUUUUUUUAUUUUUCUUUCCCCUCCCCCCCCUUCCUGUCCCUCCGACUCCUUCCGCAUCACCGUACUGUACCCCCCCUUCGAAAUGAUCUGACAAUAUUGAAAGUCUCAAAAAAAAAGUAUUUAUGCACUUUGAUUGGACGGGCGUUUGCCAAGGGUGGGGCUGGGCCUCACCCAACUGUUAAGAGAUUUAGCAUCUUCCUUCUAUGAUAGGCGAGAAGCAUUUGCCAUCAAUCCUUCCCUCUCUCUCCCCUCCUCUCCCCCCCCCCCUGUUAAAACACCCCCCCCCCC